AUGACUGCAGUAAGAGCAACACGCCCCAGCCAAGGAAAUGUAGAUUGUCUAAUCUUGGGUUCUGAUGCUGCAUUACUGCUCAUGGUUAUCACCCACCGCUGCAUUCAACAUACGUUUGAAAUUUCUGUUAUAUCCAUAAAUUUUUCCGUCACCAAUGUCGACUGUCCGAGGCCUGAUAGACACAAACGAGUGAAAAUUGAUAGCGAUCGGAUCAGGGGUGUGAAAAUAGAGCAGCUGUACCAUUCCCUGCGCGACGAGAUUCCGAGCUUGGAUAAGUCUCUUCUUACUAAGUUGGAGAUCUUGCAACGUGCGGCCAACAGGGUUGAGAAUUUGAGUAAAGGCAACGAGGAGCUUCGAGUCCAGCUACGCAGUAUGGCUAUUAAACUUCUGCAAAGACAUGUAGGGCAGUUCGCAGGACAAAAGUGCCCUGAGAAUAUUGAUUAA